CUAAUUUCAAGAGAUAAUAAAAUAGUUUUUAUAUUUCUUUUAAAGAUUUCAUAUUCCACGUGUGACAAUGAAUUUAAUAAGUUCAAUGGUCUUUGUAUUCUGUUCUUAUCAGAUAUUUGUAUCAUCAAACGCCAAUGAUGAUAUUGAAUAUAAUUUAAACAAUUUAAAAUACGAUGUAGAAACAAUAAAUCAAACAGUUCAACAAUAUAAAGAAUCUAUAUUUUUGUUGUUAGCUGAAAAUUAUGAAUCAAUGGAAAGAAAAUUGUUGUCUACUUUUAAAAAUAUGACACAUUCAAAAGUAACACAAUUAAAGAUUCAAUAUGGCAUUAAGAAUAUGGAGGAUGUGGAAGAACCUUUAAAAUCAUGUUUUGCAAAUAGAUCAAUAACAUGGUCAACACGUUACAUUCAAAUUAUUGGAAAAUUAAGAGAAUGUGCAACAAAUAAUGAAAUUGAAUAUUAUAUGAUUCCAAUUCAAUCAUAUUGUGAAUUUUUUACUAAUACUCUCAAUAAUUUAGAAUCAGGAGUAAAAGAGAAAAUAUUUGCAAAUUAUGAAAAAAAGAAUUACAGUGAAAUUUUAACAAAUGAACAUUACAUGAAACUAAAAAGUUCUGAAUUAAGUAUUCUAGUUAAUGGCCUUAAAAGUCUUUCAAAUAAUUUGAUAAAAUUGCUAAUGAAUACAAAACAAAGUGUUUUAAGAGAAACUCAACAUUGUGCUUCUGAUGCAAAGAAUAAUUUAAACAAACAAUGUCUGGAAAGCAUACAACAAUUAGACGAUUGUUUUUCUCAUAUUAAAAAUAAUAAAAAUAAUAGAGGAGUGUAGUCAUGAGUGAACCACGUUUUGUUUUUUUGUGUAUAAUUUUCUUUUUUGAGCAAAGAUAACAAAAAAUAAAAAUGAUAAAAAUUUGUUGUUAAAUUAUAUAUAUUUUUGUUACAUACAUUUAAAAAAACAUAAUAAAAACUAAAAAUUCGUUACUCAAAAAGAAAUUUUGUGAAAUGUUAUUUCAAAAAAUGAAAUUGUCAAAUCGAAUAUUUUUUCUUGUAAAAAUAAUUGUUAUUUUAUGUAUCUUCGCGAUGAAUAAAAAAGAAUAUCUUUUUUAAAGUACCUACGUGUGAAUAUUUUAAUGAAUAAAAAUCUUGUGAAAAGAAUAAAA